AGCUCCCCCAGUUCCAGAAAGAAGAGCCCGCCCUGCAAGAUCAAGGGAGCGAACCUUCUCUUCAGACAGAACGCCUUGGAAGCAGAAGGCACCCAGCCCUCUCUGAGGCAGGAAAAGAUCCUGAAAGCCGGAGCAGGAGAUAGGCUUGGUAUCAUGUGCAGAACGCAGGCCUUUGUGUCCCUCCUUCUCCUGGGACUGAAACUCCCCAAGGCGAAAGGCAACUGUGUUUUUUUUGAGUCUGAAAAACUCUGCGUCUGUUCACUGCUUGAGGAGUCAGAGACGCAAGACAUUUUUGAAUGCUUGCAAGCCACCACAUACGAGCUUCGAGGUGGAAACCUGGAACAAUUUGCCAUCUUUUCAGGAAGGGUGCCAUCUCUGUACAUUAUCGAUAUCGUCAAGGCCCUGCCGGUCAGCAAGCUCAUCUUUACAGACCUCGCCAUACCAGAGGUUCUAUUGCCAGGCGCCCUGGAAAUCGCUUCCCAUCCUCCUCUGCUCUCAGAAAUCGAAUUUGUAAACUGCACGUUCCUUAGGACAGCCGGCCAGCAUUACACGGUUAGGCCUCCCCCGCUGCAGGUUUCUUCUCUGCGUUUCCACAAAGUGACCGCUGAGUCCCUGGCUGACAGGCGCAACGACUUGACCGGCCUGACAAGAUGGCUGGAGAUCCUGGAGACGCUGACGCUCACCGAAUCACAGGUCACCUCCAUCCCGUGCAAAAUCGGCCAGCUGUUCACUGGGCUGCGUUUCCUUGACGUUUCGGGAAACCAUUUCCAGGACGAGAGCAUCAGGUCCUCUUUCUGCCAGGGAGCUUUCCCAGAACUCCGGGUGUUAAAACUCCACCACAACCGGCUGACCUCUUACGACGCUGUGUGCGAGACAGUUGCCCCCCUCGACGUGCUCGCUCAUUUAGACCUCAGUCAGAAUGAUUUCCCGCCUGGUUUCUCGCCCUCCUCCGAGUGCACGUGGCCUCAGUCCCUUCGCGUUCUCAACCUGUCCAGCACAGGGCUAGAGCGCGUGGAAUGGCCUCUGCCACCCAACCUGGAGACCUUAGACCUGAGCGCCAACAGCAUCUUGACCCUUGACCUCUCACUCCCUGCCCUGAAGGAACUCUACCUGUCCAAUAACAGUCUGCAGGCAGUCCCCUCCGUCAAGAAUCUCCCUCGUCUGGAAGCCCUCAGUGUCGAUCGAAACCAGAUCUCACAUCUGCCUGGCCAGAGCCUGCUGCAGCUGAAGCACCUGCAGAUCUUGAAAGCUGGCCACAAUCUCUAUAACUGCUCUUGCCCUUACACCCGGGAACUCCAGGACUUGGCACGCAAGCUGUCCUCACUGGCCAACUGGCCUCAUGACUACAUCUGCCAAUCCCCUCCUCAGUCCCGGGACUUCCUGGUUACACUGCAGUGCAACCAAGCUCCGGCCAGUCAUGGCUCCAUGGUCAUCUUGCUGUCCAGUCUUCACCUGGCUCUUUGCCUGUUUCUGACCUGACGACCAUCAGACAUUUCUUUAGAUCAGUUCUAAAAUACUGCAAGUGGCCGAGUUACCAAGCAUACAGAACAGGGCAUUUUUGAAAAGAAAAUUUGGAACUGCACACUGGUAGGAGAUUGGAAUUCAUGCACAUAGCACUCCCUGCUGCAAUAUGCCAAAUGCUUUGUGACCUAG